CCAUCGGCACCAACAUCACCGGCAAGAUCCCCGAAUGGAUCGAAGGAAGCUUCUUGAGAAACGGGCCCGGGAAGUUCGAGAUCGGAAUCCACAAGUUCAACCACUGGUUCGACGGCAUGGCUCUCCUGCACCAGUUCAAGAUAUCCGGCGGACAGGUGACCUACAGGAGCCGCUUCCUGUCCAGCGACAGCUUCAAGGCCAACAAGGAGCACAACCGCAUCGCGGUGUCGGAGUUCGGCACGGUCAACUUGCCGGACCCCUGCAAGAACUUCUUCCAGCGCUUCCUGUCCAGAUUUGAAUUACCAAAGCCCACAGAUAACGCCAACGUCAGCUUUGUGACCUACAAAGGCGAUUAUUACGUCAGCACAGAGACCAACAUCAUGCACAAGGUGGACCCCGAGACCCUGGAGGCCACUAAAAAGGUGGACUGGAGCAAAUUCAUCGCAGUGAACGGAGCGACCGCACACCCUCACACCGAGCCCGAUGGAACGACGUACAACAUGGGGAACUCAUAUGGAGUUAAAGGAGCGACCUACAACAUCAUCAGAGUGCCGCCGACCAAGACGACCGCACAGGACACCCUGGAGGGAGCCACGGUGCUGUGUUCGAUUCCCUCGGUGGACAAGAGCAAACCGUCCUACUACCACAGCUUCGCGAUGUCCGAGAACUACGUGGUGUUCAUUGAGCAGCCCAUAAAGAUGGACCUGUUGAAGAUUGUGACCGGAAAGCUGAGGGGGAAAAGCAUCAGCGACGGCGUAUUCUGGGACCCGAAGUUCAACACCAUCUUCCACCUGAUCAACAAGCAGACCGGAGUGGUGAGCUCCGUCCAGUACCUCGCCAAGCCGCUGUCGACGUUCCACCAGAUAAACGCGUACGAGGAGAACGGCUUCUUGGUCUUAGACAUGUGUGCUUCAGAUGACGGCCAGGCGAUCAACAACUACAACGUUCAAAACCUGCGCAAGUCUGGAGAAGACCUCGAUGAGGUGUAUAACACCUUGUGUCGAGUCUUCCCACGGCGCUUCAUUCUGCCUCUCAAUGUGGACCAAGAGACGGGCUACGGCAGAAACCUGAACCCGCCCGGCAGCACGGCCACUUCCAUAAGAAUCGGCAAGAACAAGGUCUUCUGUACCCACGAGGACCUCCACGGCGAGGAUCUUAAUCAAUAUGGAGGUCUGGAGUUCCCUCAGAUCAACUACGGCAAGUACAACACCCACCGCUACCGCUACUUCUACGGCUGUGGCUUCAGACAUCUUGUAGGAGACACACUGAUCAAGAUGGACCUCAACGGGAAACACAUGAAGGUGUGGGAAGAACCCGGUCUUUAUCCCUCCGAGCCGGUCUUCGUACCGUCCCCUAAUGCCACAGAGGAGGACGAUGGCGUCGUCAUGUCCGUGGUCAUCACACCCAAUAAGGACAAGAGCACAUUCCUGCUGGUUUUAGAUGCCAGGACGUUUGAGGAGCUGGGCCGAGCCGCGGUGCCCGUCAACAUCCCCUACGGGUUCCACGGCACGUUCCACGCCACGGCGUAAACGUGCGGAAUCCCAAGUUAAAAAACACGGAUUGGAAAGAAAAGUUAUGAACGAUGUAAAUAUCGUCUGUCUCAAGAGUUGUUCUAGAGGUCAUUUAGCAGACUUUUCUUUUACUUCGCAGACAUGAAUGUAUGAAGAAGAGUUUAUUCAUAUUGUAACUGUGUUAUUGAAGAUGUACGUUGUUCUUUGUAUACUUAUAAACCGUUG